AUGUCGCCAAUAGUUUUAGCUGCGGCACAGCCGGGCCAGGUGACACUAGCAGUGGGGGCCAAGGGGAAAGCAUGGACACGGCACACACGAGACAAGAGAAUUACGAGGAAACAAAGGGAAAAUAGGGAUGAUGGAGAGAAGAUGUUCGAGCGGCGGGAGGAGGGGGUUUAUAUAGUCCAGAAAGCGGCGAUAUCGCGCUAA